AUGGUGAAGGGGUUAGGAGUUCCAUUUGUGAUAUACGUGGUCAUCACAGAUGUACGUGGUCAUCUCGUACACGCAGAGGAAUUUCAACACGGCGUUGCUCUCUCUUUCUGCUCACCUUUCCUUCCCCUGCAUCGCUACACUCCUCCCCUUGCACUCACUCCCCACCAGAGAUGUACAUGGUCAUCUCGUAUACGCAGAGGGACUUCACACGGCUCCCCUCCCCUUUUAGUUGCUUAUCUCCCUCCCUCUACAUGCAUAUCCCCCGCCCCUCCCACCAGAGAUGUACGUGAGAUCAUCUCAUACACGCAGAGGGACUUCAACACGGCUAACCUCCCCUUUCUCCUUUCUCUACCUGCUUACCCCCCCCCCCAACACCCACAAACCCCCCCACCAGAGAUGUACGUGGUCAUCUCGUACACGCAGAGGGAUUUCAACACGGCGCUAUCAGCCAAGAAGCAGACCGACUUCUACCACGCGGUCUUCAAGUUCAUCAUCAUCAUAGUCGUUGCUGCGCCCUUCUUCGCUCUCUUCGACUACGUCCAGGAGCUGCUGUCCCUCGAGUGGCGCCUGUGGCUCACCAACCUGCUGCUCUCCAGAUACUUUGCCAACCAUGCGUUUCUGGAUUUGAAGAUGGCCGGGAAACUUGACAACCCCGAUCAACGUAUCUGCGAGGACGUGAAGCACUUUGUGCGGACGUCCCUGAAUAUUAUCAUCACGCUGAUAGAGAAGAUGAUGAACCUCGUCGCCUUCGCCUACGUACUCUGGGACAUCUCUCCCCCGCUGGUCUGGUUCCUGCUGGCCUAUGCAGUCUCAGGCACGUUUGUGGUGGUCAGAGUGUUUGGCAAGCGACUUACCUGGCUGCAAUUCCAGGGCUUUCAACGGGAGGCAGACCUGCGGUACUCCCUGGUGCGAGUGAAGGACAACGUGGAGUCAAUCGCGUUCUACCGGGGAGAGGUCAAGGAGGAGGCGUCGGCCAAGUCCUUCCUGCACCGGGUAGCUCUCAACGUGCGCAACCGCCUCGUGCUGCAGUUUCACCUCUCCUUCUUCACAAAUCUCUACGACUUCGCCACCAUCUUUGUCCCCGCUGUCAUCGUGGCACCAAGAUACUUCUCUGGGGCUGUUGAGUUUGGGGUGAUUUCUCAGGCCAGCUAUGCCUUUCACACGGUCUACAUGGCUCUCAGUGUCAUUGUCAUGCACUUUCACGCCUUCAGUGAGCUGGCAGCGGAGACAGAGCGUCUGGAGAGUCUACUCUCGUCCCUCUCCGACUUUGCAGCAGACGACGACUCGAGCAAGCUCUUUUCGCAUGCCUCCUCCCACGGCCCCUCCCACCCCCCUCACUCCCCCUCUCACCCUUCUCUCUCUAAAUCAACCACCGAAGAUCCCUCCUCUCUUUCCUCCACCUCCACACACUCUCUGGCUCUCGGUCAUUCCCUCUCUCUCCAGCCCUCCCAUACCACCUCCGCUUCCUCCUCCUCUCUCGCCCCCACCCUCACGGGGCAAAGGCUUGCCGUUCGUCACACUUCUGAAUCCUCACCUGCUCUCACAUCAGCAGCAGAAGCAUCGGCAGGCUCUGUUGUUUCAGGUGUUUUGCCAGGUGGUUCUCACGGGGAGGGUGCCCCUCUGCUGGAGUUGACUGCCAUGGAGGGAAGCGCAGGUGGUGGCGGUGCUGCUGCUGCAGCUGAAAGAGAAGCUGCUCUUAUUGAAUGCACCACUGCAACAGGUCGCAUUCAGCGCAUAGAAGGCCCGUGCCUCACACUCACCUCUGUCAUCAUCCGCACACCCAACCUCCGCCACACCCUCUACCCCUCCUCCCUCUCCUUCUCCCUCCCCCCCGGCGCAUCCCUCCUCGUCAUGGGUCCCUCCGGCUGCGGAAAAUCGUCCCUCCUGCGAGCCAUUGCCGGCCUGUGGAAAUUCGGCGAAGGAACCAUCGAGUCUCCGCCGCCCGGGAAAACCUUUUUCCUGCCCCAGAAACCAUAUAUGCCGUUAGGAACGCUCAGGGACCAGCUGGUUUUCCCAGGAAACGCUCUUGAGGGAGGUGGAGGGGGAGGGGGAGGGGGAGGAGGCGGAGGGUUGGAGGGAGAGGGGAGCAAUGGUGAGGAGGGAGGGAGGAGUGUGAGGGGGGAUUUUUCGGACAAAGAGCUAUUGCAUGCGCUGCAAGAGGUUUCACUUCCAGAUUUGGCUGAAAGAGUGGGAGGGCUGGCUGUGGAGUGUGACUAUUCGGAUAUGCUUUCGAUGGGGGAGCAGCAGCGGGUGGCGUUCGCUCGUCUUCUUCUGCAGCGGCCGUACAUGGCGUUUUUGGACGAGGCGACAAGUGCGUUGGAUGGGCGAAAUGAGGCGCGGCUGUAUGGGAUGAUGCGGGAGCGGGUGAAGUCGUUUGUCAGUGUGGGACACAGGACGAGCUUAAUUAGAUUCCACACUUUGGUUCUAGCGUUCGACGAGGAUGGCGAGGGGUGGGAAGUGGUCACUUCGGAGGAGUUUGCGAGAAGAAAAGGGUUCUGA